AUGACAAGUAUAGGAGCAGUAGAGGAUCAUUUUGAAGAUGUCUUGGAAGCCGAACGCACAUUUGAACGGAAGAAGGAAGUUCAAAAGGAACCCUCCAGAUUUUUAUGUAGCGUUCGGUUACAGCCAGCGAAAGUUGAUAAGGUAGCCAUUGAAAGUUCACGAAUCUACGCCGAGAACUUGCGAGAAACGGACGAUUUAGAGAAGAAUUCUCUGGCGCUGGUGGAGUCUUAA